AUGAUGACAGAGAUACUAGUAUGAAAUUCCGUUUCCCAAACAGAUCUUUCAUGUUAACAAACGAAAUUCAAAACCGUCUUGGAUCUAAAAUGGUAACUGGUGCCUUCUAUUGGGAUGCUGAUGGUGACCAGACAAAAAAAGUAUCUGUUAAAGGGGAUAUAACUCCUAGUGAAAAUGGUGUAGAUGCCAAUGUUGUUCUCGAAAUGCCAAGUAUUGGACAGGAUGUAAAGCUUGAUUCCAAGGUGAAAUUCAACAAGGGAUCUGUUCUGUUUGAUGGUAAAACUGAAUUCCAGUAUUCCAAAGAUUCAAGGAAGACACUAAUUCUUUCCUCACGACUGGAAGAUCUUUCAUCCGGUACUGACACUAACUACAGCUUUAACCUAGGAAUCAAACAUCCGUAUACUACUGUUGACGUUGAAGUAACUUCACUCCUAGAAUCAUCAGUUUACAAAAAGAUGGCUUCUGUCGAUGUUAAAUACCAAACAGCAAACAAAAUGGCAAAGAACUUUGGAAUAAUGGGAGAAAUCGAUAGCUUAAAGAAAAGCAUCAAGAUGGAUCUGAAAACGCCUAUUAAAUCAAUCAAUAUCCAAGGCAGUGUACAAACUACGGCUCCAUACAAAGUGUCAAUAAAGAACCUGUAUGAUAAUGUCAAACCAGUCAGUGCAGAUAUUGUCUUUGACCCAUCCGAUGUCAGUAUUGAUGUCAACAUGAACUAUGAUAUUGACAAUCCACAAAACAUCCUUCAUGUGAAUGCUAAAAUGUCAGAUGAAAGUGGACUCACUGCCGAAGUUUUCAGAGAUGUGGACAGUAAGAGAGUUUCCGAUACAUUGAUCAACCUGAAACUGAAGACUUCCAAGAUACUCCAUACACGUGUACACUGGAACCCUGAUCUUUUGAAAACCGUCAAGUCUGUUGGAUUGAACAAGAUUCAUAAGUAUGGCAAUGGCAUCAACAAAGCACUGCAAACAUCAUGGGUUGCUGUAGAAGAGGAGGUUCAAGCCAAACACAGAUUGAUCAUAUCUGCUAUUAAAGAAGACAUGAAACCAUACAUCAAUUUUAUGUCAGCUAGAGUUACCGAACUUCAAAAAAUGAGACGCAAUAAUGAUUUCUACUUAAAUGAUAUCGUAGGACAUUUCCAAACAACACAAAAUGUUAUCAGGCAUCAGAUGAAAUCCCUUCAAAAUGAAAUCAACAGUUUAACAAGAGAUAUGGACUGGACACUUUAUAAUUUGUAUCUUGCUGAAAUUACUGAAUUGAUAAAGUUGAUGGAAGACAUGUCAUUACAGUACUACACUGAAGUUUUAGAUUGCAUACAAUCACAGACAACACAGCUGUCAAACACCAUUGAAGGUGUAUAUACCAAAUAUAGAAAACAUGUAACAGAUUCGGUUGCAUCCAUCUCAAGUAACAAAAUUUUGGAAUCAGUUCGUUCAAGAUUACCAACAAUUCCACUGAAACAAAUGGCCGACAGAUACAAUACAGCCAUCUACAAUGCAAGAGAAUCUAUCAAUACCGGGUUAAUAAAAACACUUCCAACCCCAGUAUAUCAUAUGGCUUCAUCGGCAUAUAAGUACUGGGAAAUUGAAGAAAACAUCAGAUCUGUUUUUAUCAAAUUCGUCAAUUUUAUUAAAAAAGACAUUGGAGACGAAUUCAGUAAUAUCAAAGACUUAAUUACUGAUGUUAAGAAAACAAAAGUCACAGUAUAUGACCCAAAGAAAGGUCACUUUGAAAUGGACAUUUAUCUACCUCUGGAAAUGAAAUCUUUAACAGAAGUAAAAAGGAUAACCAAUCCAAUUGAGAAUCUCAGAUCUUACAUUCCACAAUCUAAUCCACUUUCAUCCUGGAACAAUAUAUGGUCUCAUGCAGUUAGUCCAUCGUUUGGUGCCCAUGCUCACAUUAAGGGAGAUCAUUUCACCACCUUUGAUGGACAAGAAUUUGAUUUCAAUGGAAAAUGCAGUUAUGUCCUGGCACGUGACUUUGGCAAAGACAAGUUCAGCAUCAUUCUUAGUUACAUGGGAAGACAGAGCAAAAAAUUGGUUGUCAUGACCUCCACACAAAAUGUUCAAGUGGCUUCAAAUGGAAAGGUCCGUGUUGAUGGAAUAGAGAGCAAACUUCCAUAUGCUUCAGACGAGAUAAAAAUUUCACAAGUAGGAGACAACAUUUACGUCGAUGGAAAUGGUUUUGGUGUGGUCAACAACAUAAAAUCAGCGUCAUAUGACAUUGAACUCAGUCAUUGGUUCCAUGGUAGAACAGGUGGCCUGCUUGGUGUCCAUGACAACGAGAGAUUUGACGACAUGAUGAUGUCUAACAAACAGAUCACAUCUGAUGCAUACGCUCUUGCCAACUCUUGGCAAGUCCAAAAUAAAUGCCGUUAAAUAUAGAACUUUUACCGAAUGAGAUUAACUUUUGUUUUGUUGAUUAUUUGUUAAUUGUUAACUUUUGGUUCUUAUUUAUUUUUUCGUUUAUUAUUUUUUUGUAAAAACAUUUGAUAAUAAUAAAUUGAGAGCAGCA